GGGCACAGCACUGAGGUGUGCCCUCCCCAGUGCCAGGGCAGGGCACAGCACUUAGGUGUGCCCUCCCCAGUGCCAGGGCAGGGCACAGUGCCCUCCCUGUUCCUGCUGCCCCUGCACUCCUGACCCGGGCCAGGUGGCACUGCCCUUCUUGGCCACCAGGGCUCCUGUCCUUGGCCACCAGGUCCCCUCCUGCCUGGGCCUCUCCCGCCCCCCCAGUUGCUGCUGCCCUCCACCCUGAGCCUCCCCUGGCCCGGCCUGAGCUGCUCCCUCUCCCCCUGUGCUGUGAAUCCCUCCAGAAUCAGACUGAGAGAGCUUUACCAUCCCUCUCAACCCAAGCCAUUCCCUGAUUUUGUAAUGGUUCCGUGAUUCACAGAGGAAUAAUGGGGGAGAAAUCCUUAAAUGUCACAGCUGGGUGGAAAAAUUUGUCAUGCAAAUUUUUAGGAAAACCUUGGGAGUAUCAAAGCUCUUGCGGUGCUGUGGGGCACUUCUAAAGCCCAAAGCUUUUUUCCUGUUUUAGAUUUAAUUUAACCUGUUGUGUGUGUGCAUCCUGUGUUAUUUUUGAGUCCCUGGAUUCCAUGCAUCCAGCAGCUGUUUUUAACUGCUCCUUCUUCCUUUUAUUUUUUUUUUUUUUUGACUGAUGUUCCUGGCAGGUGAAUUUUGAAAUGUUCUUCCAUGUGUGGAGCAGCUGUCUUGCAGAUGAUUUUUCAAACAGAUCAAUUGUUUUGGUCAACAUCUGGAGGACAGGAAAAAAGGGAGAGAAGAGAGAGAAGGGAAAAAUAAUGGGGUUUUUUGUUUGUUUCUAAUUGUCAGAUUGGUUUGUGUGUUUCUCUUGGAAUUUCUGUUCCUGGGGGACACAAAGAAUCCAUAAGGAAGGGGUAACAAAACACCUCCACCCUUUAUUUUGUAAAUACCUUUCCUGCAGACUGGAGCCCAGAAUGUUUCAGCUGAGCCUGGUCCAAACUGAUACAGAGGAGGAGGAAAAAGGAGAGGAAAAAUUGAAACACCAGAACUAAUUUCAUGUCUGGUUUGGAAUUCUGCUGCUGAGUGUCCACAGGAGGUGGAGGAGAGGUUCAGGGAAGGCAGCUGGGAAGGGAAGGCUGUUCCCAGAGAGGGUUUGGGGUGUGAGGUGAGCAAAGGGAUUGGGAUGGCACCUGGGGAGCCCUCAGGAUUGGGAACAGAACAGAGUCAGGUGUUUUGUGGAUGGGUGGGUUUGUUUGAUACGGCUGUGGGGUGGUUUGGGCUGGAAGGGACCUUAAAGAUCUCUGAUUCCAACCCCUGUGUGGGCAGGGGGCCACCUUUGGUGCCAGGCUUGGUCACUGGGGUGCCACCCUUGGUGCCAGGCUUUGUCACCGGAGGUGCCACCCUUGGUGCCAGGCUUUGUCAGCGGGGGGGCCAUCCUUGGUGCCAGGCUCUGUCACCGGGGGUGCCACCCUUGGUGCCAGGCUUGGUCAGCGGGGGGGCCAUCCUUGGUGCCAGGCUCUGUCACCGGGGGUGUCACCCUUGGUGCCAGGCUUGGUCAGCGGGGGUGCCACCCUUGGUGCUAGGCUGGGUCAGCGGGGGUGCCACCUGUGGUGCCAGGCUUGGUCACCAGGGGUGCUGCCCUUGGUGCCAGGCUCUGUCACUGGGGUGCCGCCCUUGGUGCCAUGCUUGGUCACCGGGGUGCCACCCGUUCUGCCAGGCUCUGUCACCGGGGUGCCACCAUGGUGCCAGGCUCUGUCCCCGCUGCCAGUGUCAGUGGUGGCAGCAGAGCUCAGUCGCAGGGGUUAAAUCAGAGCAGAGUUCUCCCUGCAGCCAUUGCCAGCAUGUCCCAUGGGACUGUGCCACCCCAGUGCAGCAGAUCCUGGCACACAGGGCAGGCUGUGUCCUGGUGGCACCCGAGAGGGGCUGGGCAGCGCUGCCCGUGGAGCAGGGCUGUGCAGGGAGCCAGGGGAAGGGUCUGGAGAGGGGGGCACAUCCCUCACUGCAGCAGCUCCCAGAGGAGCCACAAGGCUCCUUGGAAAUGCAAACAGAGCCCCGAGCUCCCAGGGCUGAGUGUCCCCUUGGGUGGUGCCUGGGGAGGCUGCCUGGAACAGAGGGGACAGAGUUAAAGGGAUAAAAUAGAGAUUUGUUAAAGGCCUUCAGUAGGUGCAGAGGCUGGGCAGUGCCAAUGUGAUAAAGCAGGGGUUUAUCAAAGGCCUUCACAGGACACACCUUGGGCAGGGCAAGAGCCCAGCCAGGGCUACACCCAAGAUGGACUCUGAGCCUGAGUUUUCUCACUUUUAUAAGUUCUGGUCCAUUUCCAUACUGGGGUCAAUUGUCCAGUUCCAGCUCCAGGUUCUGUCCCAUCCUCCCAGACUGCUCUCCUCAAUUCCCUGCUGUUUGCACUUUUUGGGCCUGAGGCUGCCCAAAACCUGAGGGGCUGGACAAGGAUUGCUCUGUGUGACUGAGCUGUGAGGAGAACUUGCUGGCACUUGAUAUGAAGUUCAGAGUCACUAAUGCAGUGCAGAAUCUGGAAAAUAGGAAAUAUAAAACUGGAGGCAUCAUGGGGAGCUGUGGCUGCAGUGGAUUUUGGGGAGCUGUGUCUGGUUUGGGGAGCCGUGUGUGCUCUGGGUUUUGGGGAGCUGUGUCUGGUUUGGGGAGCCGUGUGUGCUCUGGGUUUUGGGGAGCUGUGUCUGGUUUGGGGAGCCGUGUGUGCUCUGGGUUUUGGGGAGCUGUGUCAGGUUUGGGGAGCCGUGUGUGCUCCUGGGUUUUGGGGGCUGUGUCAGGUUUGGGGAGCUGUGUGUGCUCUGGGUUUUGGGGAGCUGUGUCAGGUUUGGGGAGCCGUGUGUGCUCCUGGGUUUUGGGGAGCCGUGUCAGGUUUGGGGAGCCGUAUGUGCUCUGGGUUUUGGGGAGCUGUGUCAGGUUUGGGGAGCCGUGUGUGCUCCUGGGUUUUGGGGAGCCGUGUCAGGUUUGGGGAGCCGUGUGUGCUCUGGGUUUUGGGGAGCUGUGUCAGGUUUGGGGAGCCGUGUGUGCUCCUGGGUUUUGGGGGCCGUGUCAGGUUUGGGGAGCUGUGUGUGCUCCUGGGUUUUGGGGGCCGUGUCAGGUUUGGGGAGCCGUGUGUGCUCUGGAUUUUGGGGAGCUGUGUCUGGUUUGGGGAGCCGUGUGUGCUCUGGGUUUUGGGGAGCUGUGUCUGGUUUGGGGAGCCGUGUGUGCUCUGGGUUUUGGGGGCCGUGUCAGGUUUGGGGAGCCGUGUGUGCUCUGGGUUUUGGGGAGCUGUGUCAGGUUUGGGGAGCCGUGUGUGCUCCUGGGUUUUGGGCAGCUGCUCCUGUGGGUACAGAGCAGACAGGAGCAGACAAAGGCAGGACACUGAAGGGAGCCCCGAGGUGUUUUGGGGAGAAGGCCCAGCUGCAGAUCGGGGCUUGCACAGGCACACGGCUUUGGAGAGCUCCAGGGGCCUCCAGAUGGGCAGAUAGGGAAGAGCUGGGAGCUGGAGCUGGCUGCUGAUCCCAGGAGAAGCAGCAAACCAGAGCUGGUUGAUGCCUGUGUGAAGGGAGCUGCUCCAGGGACGUGUCUGGGGUGGUUCAUUCUUCAUCAGCAACAAGCACAGAAGGGCUGCAUGUCAGUUCCUGACAGAAGGAGAAAAACACUUCAGUUCCUGCUUUCCUGGCUCGUUCCUGGCCUCAGACUCAGCAAUGAAGGGUUUGGUGGACUCGUGGCAAAGUGGAGCUGUUGUGGUCCGGGCUUCACCAGCCCAAAUCUCACCCAAACAGCAGAGGGAAAAGCCAGGAGACACCAACUCUGAUAGUUCAGGAAGGGUCUUGGAUGCACUCCUCAGCACAGAAACCUCCCCAGGCUGGGUUCCCAGAGGGGUCUGGGCUCUGCAUCCCUGGCAGUGCCCAGGCCAGGCUGGACACUGGGGCUGGAGCAGCCUGGGACAGUGGGAGGUGUCCCUGCCAUGGCAGGGGUGGCACUGAGGGGCUCUGGGGUCCCUUCCAGCACAGGGAUCCGCUCAUCUGUGGCGUGGAAGGGGCGUUAGAAGCAGGGAAAUGAGGAACAGAAAAUCCUCCUGUGCCUGGCCGGGGCUGGGUGUGGUUUUAGGAUGAUCGGGGCAAAUCCCCCCAGCUCUGCCUGUGCCCUCCUCAUUCCCAAGCCCAGGCAGUGCUUGCGCUGUGCUGUUUGAAGAUCAUUGCAAUUCCAGGAGAGAUGAAAUCACCAUCCACUCAAUGUUCCAGGAGAGCUUUUUGUCUGGCAUCUCCCUCUUAACUCCCGAAACGCUCCCUGCUGGAUUAGUCCCUGCUCCAGAUCUGUUUCCUGCCUGGUUUCUCUGCCUGGACACCAGCCAGCCAUUCCCACACCCAAACUCUUCCAGCAUCCCCUGUAAACCCUGCUCCAGUGCAAUCCCAGGGAUUCAUUUCCGGACAUCUGAGGGGUUCGGGGGAAGGGGGAAUGGAUCCUGAGAGGAUGGGAAGAGCACUUGGGUGUGGAGAGAGUUUGCUCCCAGCUGUGCUCACGCUGUUCCAGGAUAUCUUUUGAGCUUUUCAAAGGGAACAGCCCCCAGAUGAAGAAAGGGUUUUUAGUUCCUUCUAAACCAGUUAUUUUUUUGUCUCAAAUAAAAUCGGCGAUGACUCAAACACCCAUAAAAGUGUCUGGCAGAAUUCUCGGGCUCUGAAGUUCCGCAGUGCAUUGCUUGUAAAUGUCAUUUUUUUGUGGGAGCCUCUUCAAGUGGAGUCGGGUUCUUUGAGACGGGGCAGAGCCUCUGAGAUGCACUUUGCAGCACUGACUGAAGAAUUAUUUUGGCUGAUUUCAGGAAAGGAUCCUGCACGAGGCUUGGCUUAUCUGCUCACCACAGCAGAGAGCUGUUGGGUAACUCUGAGUGCCAAGAACUUUCUGUGCUUUGCUUUUCAUUCUUUUUUUUUUUUUUUUAAUUUUUAAUAUAAAUAAGCUGAAACAUUUUUUGGUUUCUCUGCAGCAGAAUGACCACAGAUGAGUCACGGGGCUGCCUGAACAUGUAAAGCAUUUUCAGUGCUCCUUGUGAUGCAUUUCUGGGUGUCUCACCUGACUCUGAUCUGCUGAGACAGUGAUUCCAGAGCCCGAGGAAGCUGCUGCUUGGGUCAGGCCCUGUGAAAAGUCCAACCAAAAGCUGGUUUGGAGCUGGAGCUGGGAUUGUGAUGCUCUGCCUGAUUCAUCGAGUCAUUUUGGGUGGGAUUUUUACAUUCCCUAGCUCGGGUUGCUUGAGGAAAGCUGAGUAGGUGUGUGCAGAGACCUGCGGAGCUUCCUGGCCGAAGCCCAGCCCAGACAAAGCUCUCCUUGUUCCCGGGGCCUGGCGCUGCUUUCCCUGCUGUUUGUUUGUUCUCUUGUCCUGCCCUCUGUUGUGUCUGUCAGCAGCGGGGGUGCUGCUGGGGGCUGUGGUUAAAGGGACACUUCAGUCCUGCAGCUCUGCCCCAGCCUCCAGAUGGGCAGGUCAGGUGUCCCCAGCCAGCUGGGAAACCCAGAGCCCUUGGAAACACCGGGAAUUUUGGCCUUUAUCCAGCAGGGGGAAGGUGUUGGGGGUUGUACCCACCACAGAUCCUGGGAUGGUUGGGUGGGAAGGACCCUAAAGUCCCUGCAGUGCCCCCCUGCCAUGGCAGGGACACCUCCCAGUGUCCCAGGCUGCUCCAGCCCCAGUGCCCAGCCUGGCCUUGGCACUGCCAGGGAUCCAGGGGCACCACAGCUACUCUGGGAAUUCCAUCCCCACCCUCCCAGCCAGGAGUUCCUUCCCAAAAUCCCACCCAGAUCUCCUCCAGUCUGAAGCCAUUCCCUGUGUCCUGUCCCUCCAUCCCUUAGCCCAGCUCCCUCUCCUGGAAUUUUUCUGACCCAGUGCAGUUCUCCUCCAACAACUUGGCUUGGCUUUAAUUUCACCUUAAUUAAAAAAUCUGCUCAACUUUUGGGUUUAUUUGGAGUCUGUGGCAUGUUGGAUGGAGUUGGAUGGAGAAUUCCUCAAUAAUUGACUUCAUGCUGGUAUUUUUGUCUUGUCCCUGCUUGCUCCAUCCAUAAUUCCCAUUAUUUUACAGUGAAACACUAAGGAAAACGUGGAGGGAAUUUUGGGAUCCUGGACUCUGGGUCCCCUCACCCUCCAUCUCCAAUAAUAAUAACAAUAACAAUAAUAAUAAAUCUCUCCACAUCAAAAUUCUGUGAGAAAUCUCAUUCCUCACUCAGUAAUUCGUGUGUGGCUGGGGUUUUUUUCCCUGUUUUUUUGAUUCCUGGCCAAUUUAUGGCAAAUAUCAACCAAAUCAUUCUCCAGCAAAUUAAUCACCCUCGUCAAGCGUGGUGUCCUCGUUUUCCCUCAGUGAGCACAGAGCAACACAAGAGUUGGUUUUGCUUUUUAAUUACUUCUUUUUCUCUGCUUGGCCUCUUUAGUUUUGGCCUCAUCAGGGAGGGUGGAAGGUGGAGAUUUGUGGUAGGAAAUGGAAUCUUGUCAUGGAGGAUGGGAUUUUGUGGUGGAAGAAGGAAUUUUGUCAUGGAAAAUGGAAUUUUGCUGUGGAAGGUGGAACUUUGUCAUGGGAAGUGAAAUUUUGUGGUGGAAGAUGGAAUUUCAUUGUGGGAGAUGGAAAUCUGUCAUGAAAAAUGGAACUUUGUCGUGGGAUAUGGAAUUUUGUGGUGGAAGAUGGAAUUUCAUUGUGGAAAAUGGAGUUUUGUUGUGGGAGAUGGAGUUUUGUCCUGGAUAAUUGAAUCUUGCCGUGGAAGAUGGAAUUUCAUCCUGGAGAAUGGAAAUCUCUCAUGACAAAUGGAGUUUUGAGGUUGAAGAUGGAAAUUUGUGAUGGAAGAUGGAAUUUCAUUGUGGAACGUGGAAGUUUGUCAUGAAAAGUGGAAUUUUGCCGUGGAAGAUGGAACUUUGUCCUGGGGCACUGAAUUUUGUGGUGGAAGAUGGAAUUUGGCUGUGGAGGAUGGAAUUUUGCCAUGAAAAAUGGAAUUUUGAUGUGGAGGAUGGAAUUUUGUGGUGGGAAAUUGAAUUUUUUUGUGGAAAAUGAAAUUUCAUAGUGGAAAUGGAGUUUUAUAGCAAGAGAUGGAAUUUUGUCAUGGAAAGUGGAAUUUUGUCAUGAAAAAUGGAGUUUUGUCAUGGAAGAUGGAAUUCUGCAGUGGGACAAUGGAGUUCUACAGUGGGACCAUGGAGUUCUACGGUGGGACCAUGGAGUUCUGCAGUGGGACAAUGGAGUUCUGCCGUGGGACAAUGGAGUUCUG